AGAGUCCCCGCGGUACCGGCGGCACGCUGCUGCCGUCUGCCUCAGCCAUCCGGCGCCGCCUCAUCCGCCACUCCGUCGAACACCCAGCGCGCGCUCCAGCUGCUAUGCUCCUCCGACCGCGUCUCUCCCUCCUCCGAGCCCUCGCGCCGCCGCCGCUCACCCGCGCGUGCGUCCCUGCCCGGUGCACGCUCUCGGCGGCCGCCGCCGGCGAUGCGGCGCCGGCGCCUGCUGUACCCCGCAAGAACGCCAGGAAGCUCGCGCCGCCGCCCAGGGAGAUCGUGAAGACGGCGCUGUUCCUGCCACCUGGAGUGGAGCCGGGCGCGGCGGUGACAGCGGACAUGGUCAUCCCGGGGUCGAACAUCGUGGUGGGUCCCUACGCGGGGGACGCAAGGGUGAAAGAGGCCGAGUUCGUCAGGAGCAGUGCGCGCGCCCGGGACUGCCCCAAGGACGACCGCCCCGAGUUUGCGGUCCUCGGACGGUCCAACGUCGGCAAGUCCUCGCUUAUCAACGCCCUCACCCGUCGCAAGGAAGCUGCGCUGACCUCGAAGAAGCCCGGGAAGACCCAGACAAUUAAUCACUUUUUGGUUAACAAGAGUUGGUACCUCGUGGAUUUGCCUGGUUACGGGUUUGCAGCUGCGUCCCAAUCAGCUCGAAUGGACUGGUCGUCAUUUACCAAGGGGUACUUCUUGAACAGAGAUACCUUGGUCAGUGUACUGCUCCUUAUUGAUGCCAGUAUUCCGCCACAGAAAAUUGAUCUUGACUGUGCUAACUGGCUUGGUCGUAACAAUAUCGGAUUGACCUUUGUGUUCACCAAGUGCGACAAAGUAAAGAAGGGUAAAGGGGGGCGGCCUGAUGAGAACAUCAAGGUGUUCCAGGAAACAAUCAGCGGGCUGUAUCCAGAGCCACCGCCAUGGAUCAUGACGAGCAGCGUUACCGGACUAGGCCGAGAUGGGCUGCUCCUCCAUAUGUCGCAGCUGAGGAACUACUGGGACAACGAAGCAGUCUAGGUAGAGCUGCAUAGAUCAACCGCCACUAGCAACAAUAGUAGUAUGUUAGAAGAGAGGAUCACAGGCCAUGAUGACCUCCAUUCUCUUUUGACAGGACUAUUUCAUCUUGGCACAAUGACCAUGGAGAAUGAACUCUACUUAUCAUCUAAUGAAUGAAAUGAAUCAUGUCAUUAUGUACUUCUCGUUAUCA